AUGUCUAUAAAUCCUGUCCAUCAAAAUCUGGAUGAAGUCCGCCAUCGAGUGUCACAAGCGGUCGCUCGGAGGACACAACUCAUGGGUUCGCAGGAAAAAGUCGUACAAUUAGUGACCGCUUCCAAGACACAGUCCGUCGAUAAGAUAGUAGAGGCCUACCGGUGCGGUCAACGUGUCUUUGGCGAGAACUACGUACAGGAGCUGAGCGUCAAAAGUGUGGAUCCAUUAAUCGCGGAGAUGUGUCCGGACAUCGAGUGGCGACUUAUAGGACACAUUCAGACCAACAAAAUCAAUCAACNUAUCUGUCUGAGUUUAGGCGUCGCCGAAGAGUCUCUGAAAUUAAGUUUCGGAAUGACCGCAGACUUUGAAGAGGCCAUUGGGUUGGGAAGCGAUGAGGUGAGGGUCGGCACAGCCGUCUUCGGUCAACGCAAAUACCCCAUUGGAGUCCUAACACAUGGCAAGUGGGAUAUGAGUCGCUAUACUGAUCCUCAAUACUUACAACUCAUACGCGAUAAUGAUAUGGCUAUAGACACUGAGCUAGGUGGUAACAUAACCAUUUAUAUCCCGGCUAUAUUCACUACAUUGACGGGCACCGGGAACUUAUUGACUGGCCAUCAGUCUUGUUCACAUCAUCAGCGCCAGCCGUAUGGGCCCCGUAGAGGAGCCCUAAAAUAUUCACUCUUUCAGAGCUACCAAUUACUUAUAUUCAUUCCGUGCAUACCCAAAGUGAGAGAGCUAGGAUCGGGGGAUCAGGGGAUAAAAAAAUAA